UUUUUUUUUUUUUUUGUUGUUAUUGUUAUUGUUAGUGUUGUAAUUAUAAAGCUUUAUUUCUUAUCUUUUUGUUAUUGUUCUUGUAAUAAUUAAGACAAAAAGUAUGUCACAAAUACAAAUGGGGAAACCAAGUUUACCUUCUAUUCAAUUCCUUUUACAAGAAAAUCCUGGUAAAGAAAAUAAAGAUAAACAAAUAAAUAUAAAAAUAGAAAAAAAAAGGGGGGGUUCAAAAGAUAUGAAUUAAAUGUAUUUUGUAGGCAGAGUCAUAUCACCACCAUCACAAACUAAUAAUGGUAAUAAUUUUGAAACAAGGAUAUGUUCUUCACAACAACAUAAUAAAAGGCAAUUGGGCCAUAGAAGUUCUCGGAGUGUGAGUAGUCUUCCUUCAGACCUUCAAAAUUUAUCGCUUCAAGGACCUGAAGAUAUUAUGCCUCAACAACGACAAGCUUCACCACCAAUACAAACACAAGUGCCUUAUAAUAAUAUAUCAUUUCCUACAACAACAACAACAACAACAACAGAAAAACCACCUAGUUGGAUGCUACCAAAUGAUAGACCGCCUUCUAUUAUGAAUAAUUUACCUAUUUCUACUUCUUCAUUAUCACCGCCGUUAACAUUCAAUCAUAAUAAUAGAAGGAAAUCAGCCUUUAGUGACAAUCGAGGACAUGGAAGAUCUGUAUCUGAAUUUACUUUACCUCCUUUAAAUUCUGAUAAUAAUAACAAUAUACCGCCUUCACUACCACCUACUCGUAAAUAUAAUCCACCUUCCAGUAUGACUACUCGUACACACAGAAGAGCCGUGUCUGCUAAUACAAUUGAUUUUAUGUUAAGUUCUUCAUCUCAUUCAUCUAUUCGCUCUCAGUCCUACAGUCCUCAAGAGCCAUCUUUAACUAUGUCAAAUCGACAAAUACAUUCCACUAAUUAUACCUUUUUUGAUCAAAUAUCUUCUUCUAUUGUACCCUUAGAUGUAAAAACGAAUACUAGAAGUCACACUAAUACGAAUAUGAUUCAUCAUGAUAUUGGCAUUAAUAAUAAUAAUAACCUUAAUAAUAUUCCCAAUAAUAACACAAGUCAUCAUACCAAGGGAAAUCAUAGCAAUGUGAAUAACUCAACCACAGUAGAAUCGAGUGGACGUUAUAUUUGCCCUUAUUGUCAAAAAAGAUUUUCAAGACCUUCUUCAUUAAGGAUUCAUACUUAUUCGCAUACAGGUGAAAAACCAUUUGUAUGCACUGAACCAGGCUGUGGAAGACAUUUUAGUGUACAAAGUAAUAUGAGAAGACAUUUGCGUGUACAUCGAUUAGGACGUUCUGCAAAUAUGAACAAUACUAAUAGUAGCAAUACCACUACUUUAGAGACAACAAAUGAAGAAAACGAGUUAAUUUAGGAGUCAUUCUAUUUAUAUACAUGUAUAUUUGUAGUGGGCGUAUUAUUAUUAUUAAUAUACAAAAAACAAACAAAAAAAAAGACCCUUUUAUAUUUAUAAUAGAUAAACACACACACACAUACACAUACACACACACACGUACAUACAUAUAUAUACACACACACAUACACACACAUAUAUACACACAUAUACACAUACGUAUAUAUAUAAAUAUACAUAUAUAUUAUACAUGUUUAAU